AUGUAUCGGAUGACAAUGCAAAUAUUCAACAGAUUUACAAUGGAUGUCUUAAUGUGCGAGGUUCUUGAAGGCGGUGGGACUGCUAAUCCAAGGCAAGAGACACGGAAAAGCGGAAAAGUAGCUGUCAGACACAUGUCUGGUUUUCAGACGUCUACUGAAGCUGUACAAAAGUACACUGAUGCAGACGUCGGGUUUUGCUUGUUGCACACGAUAAUCUUUGCGCAUGGCGAGGCCCGCACAAGCUCCGCCCCCCACUAUGACGCCAGACGACCGCGCAUGACACAGGCUCCGGUCACAAACAAUUAUGUGUUAGUCACUUUCCAGGUGCUCUUAGAACUCUGUCGCCGAGGUGCUUGCCGGCGGCUGGAAAGGGUUAAGGUGAUCGCUGUCAAUCAGAUAAUCGCCAGCAAAAUGAAGGAAUCGCCAACCCUCAUAUCCGUGACGGUAUUGGUGAUGUGGGCGGCGAUCGUGGGCGUGGAAGGCGUGGUCGGACACGGCAAGAUAUCGGGCGUGAGGGAGAUAUCGACUAAGGGAAGGAUUUUCUACACUUACCGGGGAAUUCCCUACGCGAAGCCGCCCGUGGGAGAGUUGAGGUUUAGGCCCCAUCGUGUGAGUGUUGGAUUACCUGUCUUGGUGUACCUGCAUGGGGGGGGCUACCAUGGGGGGUCGGGGGAGAGCGCCCCUCCCCACGCCCUGCUCAACGAGGAAAUCGUCCUGGUGGUUCUGCAGUACAGGCUCGGCGUCCUUGGAUUCCUCUCCACGGAGGAUGACGUCAUCCCUGGGAACUUCGGCCUCAAGGAUCAGACGCUGGGCCUCCGGUGGGUGCAGAGGAACAUCGCCAACUUCGGAGGCGACCCCCGCAGGGUGACGCUCCUGGGCCAGGGGGCGGGGGCGGCCUCGGCGCACCUGCAGAUGCUCAGCUCGAAGUCCUUUGGACUCUUCUCCCGCGUGAUCCUACAGUCGGGGACGGCGCUGUGUCCUUGGGCUCUCGGAGGCGCACACAAGCAAGUGGCGGACUACACGGCGCGGCUGGUCGGCUGCUCCUCGGACCUGGGCGCCCACCACCUUCUGCAGUGCCUCCAGGCCGUUCCUGCGGGCAAGCUGGUGCACACCAUCGCCGAGUAUUUUGUGUGGAUGGGCAGCCCCCUCCUGGUGGGGCCCCGAGUGGAUGGGGACUUCCUGACUGCCUCCCCCGAGGUCCUCAUGCUCGAGGCCAGGCACAGGGAGGUCGACCUCAUCACUGGCGUCACGGCACAUGAGGGGGCGCUGCUUGCCACAGCCAUCCACACCAACGAGACUCUGAGGUCCUCGAUCCGCAACAACUUCUCCCUGGCGGGCGUGGCGUCGCUCGAGUUCAGCCAGGGGGACGCGACGCCCUUGGACCAGGCGCACAAGAUCUUCAAGCACUACCUAGGCGGCCUCAAGCUCGACAAGGCCCAGGCGGGAGAGCUGGCUAAGCUGUACGGCGACCGCCACUUCGCCGUGUGCCACGACCUGACGGCCAUGCUGCACGCCCGCAACGCACGCCCGUUCAAGAAGACCUUCAUGUAUGAGCUCACCCACCGCGGGCUGAGCUCGACACUCCCGCCCGAAUUCGCUUUCCCGCCCGCGAAUGGAUGGGUCGCGCAUAAGGACGACCUGCUGUACCUCUUCCCGGGCGGCGCCAACCAGGUGCGAGGGCGUGAGGACCUGCGUCUGCGUGACCUCAUGACCAGACUGUGGGCCAACUUCGCCGCUACAGGGAACCCGACGCCCGACGCCAGCCUGGGGUUCACGUGGGAAGCUGCGACGGAAUUCUGCCUGCGACACUUGGCCCUCAGUCCGUCGCCUGUGAUGAUGGACGACUCGCGACGCAAGAUUCGGGAUUUCUGGGCAGGACUCCCGACCCGACAGAACCUGAUCUUACAGCCGUCACGGAGCGGGGGCGUGAAGCCUCGAGAGGGGAAGGGCAAGGGCGAGUCCUAUGGGGCGUCGCCUACACGCCCGGUGCUCAAGAAGCCAACGAAACACAACGCUAGGGAAGAGCUUUGAGUCUGAGAGAGAAAAAGGUUGAAAAAGAUGUUUUGUUUACCUUUCUGACGCUAUGGCAGCCUGGUUAAUUGGUUGGUUGGCUGUUACUUAAUAGCUGGAUGACUUAGCGAUUAGUUCUCCAGAUGAGUGUCUUUGUCUAUGGGUCUCUCUUUGGUCCCUGACAGACUAACGUGUUUCUUGUUUGGCUGAUUGGUUAGCAGGAUAUGUAAGUGAAAAAGUGAAGCUCAGAAAGGCAGUGUGAGUGAUGCUGCACGUUCAGCUGGUUGAUUUAUUUAUAGAUUACUAAGUUCAUGUUUUUUGUGUUGUUUUUCUUGUUUCUUUGUUUGUUUUGUAAAUAUCAGAUUGGCUAUGUUGACUGGUUGAUUGUCUCGAUUGCUUUUACGUGAUUGAUAUAUACAUUUCGUUUGUUGAUUCUUGAGGAAAGAGCUCGAGAAAAAGUGAAUGUAUAAUGUAACAGUUAACAAUA